AUGGGAGGUUGCUGUUGUUGUUCUUCACGAAGAGCUGUUCUUGAUAAUGGACCUCCCUACUAUUACUAUCCGAGAGCAACAGAAGAGCGUGUUCCUUUAUCUUCCGCUCAAACACUCUCCUCUGGUGUUGUCGUGGUAGACACAAACUUAGAGACUUCAUCUCCCGAUGCUUAUAUACCACCACCACUGCCUACUCCUUUCCAUGUGGCCAUUGGUGUUCCUCAGCCACCAUUUCACCUGGCUUGCAUUCUAGAAUGGAUGGAGAGAAGUGAAACUUGCCCCGUCUGCAACAAGGAAAUGGUGUUCGACUCUCCCCUCGACUAG